GUUUGGGUGGCCCGGCAGCAACGCCACCACCACCGAGCACUUGGGCUCCUCGGACCGUCCCACGGUGUUUACCCGGCGGUAGCAGGCGGACGGGGCAUGGCGCAGAGGCAGGGCGAGUGGGCACGGGGGCCCGCUGAGGCCACCGGGCUCUACCGGGCCGUACUGCUCAGGUCUGCCUCGAUGUACUCAGAGAUCCAGAGGGAGCGGGCGGACAUCGGGGGCCUGAUGGCCCGGCCAGAGUACAGAGAGUGGAACCCCGAGCUCAUCAAGCCCAAGAAGCUCCUGAACCCGGUGAAGGCCUCCCGGAGCCACCAGGAGAUGCACCGGGAGCUGCUCAUGAACCACAGAAGGGGCCUGGGCGUGGACAGCAAGCCUGAGCUGCAGCGUGUCCUGGAGCACCGCCGGAGGAACCAGCUCAUCAAGAAGAAGAAGGAGGAGCUGGAGGCCAAGCGGCUGCAGUGCCCUUUCGAGCAGGAGCUGCUGAGACGGCAACAGAGGCUGAACCAGGAGCCCCAGCCUGCCCACGUCACCCCCUGCUUGGCUGUCCUCCAGCUGGAGAGCCCGCCGGAGAAGGAAGAGGAGCACGCCCCCGAGUUCAUCAAGGUCCGGGAGAACCUGCGGAGGAUCGCGGCGCUGGCGCCCAGCGAGGAGCGGGCACUGUAAGGAGCGGGCCACGCCUGCCGGGCCCGACAGCCUCCAGCGCUUCAGUGCGACCGCCAUGUGCACACCUGCUCCCCCGAAAUGUGACCCCCAGAGGCCCUGGCUGUCCCUGAGAAGCAGGGCCCCUAACCCCCGAGGCCAUUCUUCUAAGCACCCACCCUUCCUGCUCGGUGAGGAAGCCACUGCUGGGAGCCCUUUGCCAAGGCCCCUCCUGGUGGAGAUUCAGCCCUGCAGGUUUUCCUGGCAGAACUGAAAAGGAGGGAGGGGUGCCCGCCGGCCUGACCGGCCCUCCAUUUUCCCAGGAGGCUCCGAGGCCCCAGGGCGCCCUGCUUCUCAAAGCAUCCCUGUUCCCAGGCCUGGGAACCUCCACCACUACCUGCAUCCAGGUGUGGACAGCUGACAGCCAGUGCCCGAUGGGGAGGGGUUCAGGAGAGCUGCGAGGAAAGGGAGGCGGCAGGGGCCAGGUGGGAAGGGUACAGCGGAGAUGGUGUCUCAGGAUUUCCCAGCCCCCAUCUCCCUCACCCAUGCUUUCAAUUUCUCGGAUCAGCACCCUCCCCGACGUCCCUGGGGCCCCUGGCUCACCAGGCCUCAGCCUCCCUGCUCCCAGGAGUCUGGAACAGCUCCUCAGUCAAGCUCGGGGGUCCCCAGGGCCUCCUUGAAGUAAGCUGGUGAUUUGGGGGCUGGGCUGGGGCUGUGGCCGCAUUGCUGACAAGCUCGCAGGUGAGGCUGCGGCUGCUGGUUUGAGGGCCCCGCGGGGCAGGAGCACGCAGGGGUGUAGUGUUGGAAAUAUCUCUGAAGCCAUCUUGCUCCCCUACCCUCCAGCUCCCAUGGCCUCUGCUUUGGGAGAUUCCUGCCCACAAACACCCCCUGCCCCCCUCCACCUCUGCACCCAAUGCACCCUGGCACUCUGCAUGCAUCCCUCACUGCUCCUCCAGGGACUCUAGACCGCGUAGACUCUGGCCUAGCAAAUGGAGUCGGCUGUGUGAGUGUGGUUUUUAACAGAGCUGUACAUCAUUGCCAAUCCGCAUUUCUUACCAGUGUGAGCACACGGUGAGGAUGCAAUUCUAGCCAAAAGAAAAAAAAAAAAACAACUUUUUCUACCUUUUCCUACAGCCUUAUGGAAAGCUCACCUGCAGUGGUUUCCAGUAUAUUUCCGGAAAUGCAAAUGGUGGCUGGAAGACCCUACUGCCACCGGCCCCUCUGGGUCAGCAUUUCCUGUCUGUCACCUGAGUCCUGCCCCGCCUGGGCCAACUCCAACAAGUUUGCCCAUUCUUCCUCAAAUACCUCCUCCCAUUCGAGACCCAAACUCUGUAAGCUUUUGCUCCUAGUCCAUUUUUAAAGAUUCAGAGAAUAACCAGGCUGGUCUCUUUUCCCCGAAAAAGUAAAACCCCUGCCUCUGGCUUCGUAAACCCACCUUUAAGGAGAUGGACCAGCGCUGGAAAAGCAUCUGUCACUCCCCAGAAGAGCCAGAAAGCUUCUGCCGGCAUCAGAAAGGAGGAAAGGACCGUGCUGGUCUUCCUCCUAACAGGGCCCUAGCGAAUUAAAGACGCCCUUUUCCCAUGAGAGGUGCCAGCACGGGGGUGUGAGUACAGGUAUGUUGCAUGUGUGUGCAUGUGUGUGUGUAAGUUGGGCUUUGAAUGGCUUCCUGUCUGCAUGUGACUCACCCAUGGGGGUCUGUAUGUUAUUCAGACAUGUGAAGAGAAGAAAGACGGGUGUCCCCGGAGGAGCAGAACCCCUCAAGGUCAUACAGGGGAGUCCCCAGGGCUGCUCCAUGGUCAUAGGCAGCAGGUUGUGGAGAUAAAGCUUCAGAAACAGAGGGGACCUUGGGCCCCAUAUCAUCCAGGGGACCCGUGACAGGCACCCUUGGUUCAUGCUUCAGUGGUUAAUCUCAACUCCUCUCUAGCCACUUCCCACUGCAGAGGCUAUAAAUCCAGAUUCUCAUUGUUCCAGCCCCCUUUGUGGCUUGUGUUGACCAUGUGACCAGGUAUGGCCAAUGAAACUAAAGGGGACGUUUACAAGGGCUUCUAGGAAAACUUAUUCUUUUCUAAUAAAAAGCAUCAGGCAUGGCUAACACCUCCUUGGCCCUCCUCCUUCCUGCCUUGAUUGAGGAUGCAGUGCCUGGAGUCAUAGCAGCCAUCUUGCUACCAUGAGACAAAGGCCAAGAGAAUCACAGAGACAUUAACCCAACCAUCAUCUGACCAAGCCAAUGCCAGCAGCCAUCCUCCUCCAGAAUUGUUGUAAAUAAAAAUAAACCCCCUUUGUUUAAGC